AUGGCUUCUCUUAUCUACCUCGGACUGGCGUCCUUGAUAUCCAACGAUCAUGCAUCCCGUUCUUCAGCGGACGGUCUGAUCGUCCCCCGCAUUGACGUGGCGAGCCUGGCUGUGACUGGGGGCACCAACUCUGUUCGCGUUCCGGGUGGAUAUGUCCCAAAGGCGAUCCCUCUCGCGGCGAUCGGUGUUGCACUCUUCGGGAUCUCUGGCAUCGUUCACUGGAUAUAUUACUUCACCGCACGUCCUCGCCGCAAGUUCACGUUGAGUCUGACGAUUGGCAUGUCCGCCAUGGCUCUCGGUUUUAUCCUACGAAUCGUCUAUGCCCUUGGAUCGCACACGCUGGGCAAGUACAUUGUCAUGGACCUCUUUAUCUUGCUUUCCCCCUGUCUGUUCCUCGUCACCGACUACGUGCUAUUUUCUCGCCUGGUCGCCACCUUCCAUACCGAGGUCGUCUCGCGCUGCCUGCUCAUCCGGCCAAGCCGGAUCACGCAUAUCUUCGUCUACAGCGACGUGUUGACGUUCCUCAUCCAAAGCACCGGAGGCGCGCUCAGUGCCGGGAAGAACGCGAACACGGCCAAGCUUGGUAGCAAUAUUGCACUGGCCGGGUUGGUUCUCCAGGCGCUUUCAUUCGGGCUCUUCACAGUCCUUCUGAUCGUCUUCUCGUGGCGGCUACUGCUCUCGACCGAGCCAAUCCAAGACUGGCGCAUCCUCAUCUACAUCCUUUACCUGACCUGCCUCGGGAUCCUCACGCGGUCCGUUUUUCGAAUCGUCGAGUUUGCCGGAGGGUAUCGCGGUUACGUGGCCAAUCACGAGGUGUUUUUCUACCUGCUGGAUGCGCUCCCCCUAUGGAUAUCGAUGACGUUGUUCUGCAUCAUCUGGCCCGCGCGAUGCAUCCCGGAAGGAGAGCCUGAGGGAGGUAAAGCCAAGAGCAUGAUACUCGCAGAGCGUGGGACUCCUGGGUAUGCCUCUUCACAAGAAGUCAAUUGAGUGCUAGAGAUUACUGUACUUGCAUAUAUGUCAAUAUUAAUAGAGGAUUAUCGGAC